AUAUGGAGUAUUCAAAAUUGACUGCUGGUUUUGUUGAUCCAUAUAUACCAUGUAACCUCUUCUAUAGUUCUUCUUCAACUCUGCAAGUCUCUCAUACAAGCAUGGCUUCAAAUACUUUUACAAAGAUUGUCUACUUGGUUUGUGAUGAAUUCCUAUGGUUCUUUACAAUCCUUACUCUUUCCUUCAUUAGUAUUUCAUUUGCUGCUCGCCUGUUUGUGUCAAAGAAGAAAUCGACUACCGGAGAGAUAUUGCGGUUGCCGCCGGGGCCAAGAGGCUUGCCAUUGCUAGGUAACCUUCCAUUUCUCAAACCUGAUCACCUCCAUAGCUACUUCUCAGACUUAGCCCAAAUCUAUGGUCCAAUCUUUAAACUCAAAUUGGGUACCAAGCUAUGUAUUGUAGUGAGUUCACCCUCCUUAGCCAAAUUGAUUCUAAAAGACAAUGAUGCAAUUUUUGCAAAUCACACACCAUCCAUUGCAGCAUUAGUACUUUCUUAUGGUGGUAAUGACAUGGUUUGGAAACAGCAAGGCUCCGAUUGGCGCCUGAUGCGGAAGGUAUUUGUUCGCGAAAUGAUGAGUAAUACUAGUCUUAAUGCCUGUUCUAAUCUUCGCCGGCGAGAGGUUAAACAAAUGGUAAGGGAAGUUUACACCGAAAUCGGGAAACCUAUAGAUAUUGGUCAGUUGAUAUUUGUCAAUUUGCUUAAUAUGAUGAUUAGUAUGGUAUGGGGUGGCACAUUAAUUGGGGAAGAAAGAACUAAUGUAGGUGUUGAGUUCAGGAAACUUAUAUCAGAAAUGAUGUGUUUAGUGGCAAAGACUAAUGUUUCAGAUACUUUUCCUAUACUUUCUUGGUUUGAUUUACAAGGGAUAGAGAGAAAAGGUAAGGAGUUAUUGUCUUGGCUGGAUGGUAUCUUGGAUUCAGUUAUAAGUGAAAGGCUUAAAAUUGAUGGAGUGAAAGAGAAGGGAGUGGAUUUUAAUGAUACAGAAAAUAAAGAUUUUCUGCAAAUCCUCUUGGAGCUUAAGCAACAAGGAGAUGACAAAAAAUCUUUGAAGAUGAUACAAGUCAAGGCUCUGUUACUGGACAUUGUUUUGGGUGGAACAGACACCAGUGCCACAACAUUAGAGUGGGCAUUGGCAGAAAUGAUGCAACAUCCUGAGGUAAUGAGGAAAGCCCAAGAAGAAUUAGCUCAAGUGUUUGGUACAAGUAAUAUGGUGGAAGAGUCUAACCUUCCCAAUUUGCCAUAUUUAAAUGCUGUGGUUAAAGAGACUCUGAGGUUGCACCCACCAAUACCACUCUUGAUCCCACAUUGCCCAAGCCAAUCCUGCACCAUUGGACAGUACACUAUUCCACAGGGUACUAAUGUCUUUUUAAAUGUUUGGAAGAUGCAUAGGGACCCUGAGGCAUGGGAGAGUCCUUCUGAGUUCCUCCCAGAGAGGUUCUUAGGUGAUACUAAUGGAUAUGAUUUUAAGGGCAACAACUUCAAUUAUCUUCCUUUUGGAUCUGGAAGGAGAAUCUGUGCAGGAAUUCCCUUGGUAGAAAAGAUGUCAACUUAUGUCUUAGCUUCUCUCCUGCAUUUGUUUGAGUGGCGAUUACCAGAAAAUGCUGAGCUUGAUCUAUCAGAAAAAUUGAGAUUCUUAUUGAAGAAGACAACACCUCUCCUUAUCAUCCCAACUCCAAGGCUAUCCAAUGUAGAGCUCUACACUUGAUGAAGAAGGAUUUGUUUUGUCUAUGUUGUAAUCUCGUUCAUUCUGUAACAAGAAACUCAACCUUAUCUCAACUUAAUCGGGCCAGCUAAACAUUUUGAAUAAUUGAGACAAUUCAAGUGAGCCCAAAUAAACUAGUUUCUGGUUUCAAUAUGCUUAGAAGAUGUAAUCUUAUCAAUUUUUUUCUCGGUUUUGUCAAUCAAUCUAAUUUUUCCACAACCACA